AUGGGGGGCGAGACGCAGCGCCUCCGACUGGCGCUGCAGAACGGGGCUUGGGAGUUCCAAAGGUUGCAGAGCUUCAAGGACCACCAGAAACAGGUGACUUGCAUCCGGUUCUCGCCAGAUGGCCAGCACUUUGUGACCAUCUCCCGGGACCGCGUGGCCAACUUCUACCGAAGAGGCAAAUCGGAGGUCGCCUCCGGCGACUUUGAGCUGCUGGGCACGCGGACCAUGGCUGGGGAGGUCACUGCGGUGUGCUGGUUGGACAAGACCACCUCCGUCCUGGCAGCGCGCGAUGACCACGAGCUGCACUAUUUUGAGAUGGGGCAAAAGGUGGAGGAGUCCCUGUGUGUGAACCUCAACGCGCUGGGUGACAAGGUGGUCUCCUUCACCGUGCUGGCGCUCUCUGCAUCCAAGGAUGGGUCCAUGGUGGCCGCCUGCACCGACCGGGCCCGGGUCAUUGUGCUGCAGGCGCGGUCCAGCCGGCAGCUGCGGAAUCUCUACGGCGCAGCGGUGAACGAGUAUGACGUGCCGAGCAUCUGCUUUUCGCUGGACGACUGCUUCCUGUACGUCACCUCCUCCCUGCCACAGCCUUCGGGCGCGCGAGAGCAGGAGGAGGUGGUGGCUUUGUGCGGGCAAGUGGCCAUCUUCGAGCUGCGCACUGCGCAGCUGGUGCUGCAGCUGCCGUGCCACCAGAAGGCGGUGCGCUGCUUCGACCGGCACCCCUUUACAGAGAUGCUGGUGACGGGCUCCUUUGAUAAGACGGCCUCUGAGACUGAGGACGCCGCGCUGGAGUCGGCGCUGGUGGCGCUGAGCAAGUUUAUGCCGCCAGAGAAGCAGGCCCUGGGCGCGCUGCGGGCGGCGCUGCGCCGACUGCGGGCCUCAGAGCGCGCGGCGCUGCGGGAGGCGGGGCCGAUGGCGGCGCUGCCGCGGCGCGCGGCCUUGGAGCCGCAGCUGCGCCAAGUCCUGGAGGAGGUGGAGGCCUUUGUGGCGCGCCUGGGCAGGCCGCGGCUGGUGACCUUGGCCCGGUCUGUGGUGGAUGGCUUCUGCCCCAUGCGGUGGCUCUGUUUUUUGGAGUCGGGCCUGCUGGAGGCGCUCCAGCGGCUCUUUGGGCAGCUGGAGGUCAUCUACAGCGACGAGUUAGAUGCCAGGGAGAUGGCCUGA